AUGAGUAAUAAUAACUACGAGAUUACUAAAGAUGAUGUAGUGGAAGUUUUUUGUAAAUCAAAUACUAAAAAGAUUCGAGAAUCAGGUUUGAAUGAGUUAGAAAUAUACAAAAGUGGUCGGAAACCAAAAUUUGGAAAAUUAAAAGAAUUUUCUGGUUAUAUACUUGCAGAUUUAAUAGUACGUGAGAGACUUACGACUAAAGCAAAAGCUAGAGUUAUAGAAGAUUCAUGGUAUUAUUGGGUACAUAGAAAAUAA